AUGCUAAGAAAGACCCUCCUCCGCCCGACGCGCCUGCCGCUCUGUCCUCACAAACAGCUCCCCCGACGAUACGCUACCCAAAACCCACCACCUCCUCUGCCAACCUCCCAAUCUCGCAUCGAGCGCUUCAACCGGCGCCUCCCCAGAUUCCUCCACAAAUAUACCAACGCACUCGCCUCCGCGCCGCUCUCUCAUAUAACCUCCUUCCUCAUCCUGCACGAACUCACCGCCAUCGUCCCGCUCCUCGGCCUCGCAGCAACCUUCCACUACACGCACUGGCUGCCCUCGUGGUUCGCUGAAGGCGCAUGGGUACUCCAGGGCGUUGAGCGCUUUGGCAAAUACUUCCGCCGCAAAGGCUGGAUACGCAAUGAGGAUGCGAGCGAGGCAGAGAUGGAGGUCCAGCUGCGGAAGAGGGAUAGGGCGUGGAAUAUCGGCGAGGGAGGCGUCAGGGUGGUGGUGGAGUUUGCGACGGCGUAUGCGGUCACGAAGAUGUUGCUUCCUGUGAGGAUUGUGGCGAGUGUUUCCGCGACGCCGUGGUUUGCGCGUAGGUGCAUGAUUCCUGUGAUGGGGAGGGUUAAGAGGUUGUUUGGGAGGGGGAAGGCGAAUAGUAAGGCGAGGGAGAGUAGAUCUAGAGGUAUGGAGACGGGGGCUGUGGAUGCGGGUGCUGUGCCGAAGAACAGUGGGAAGGGUGCUGGACCUUGAGGUGGGAAUACGCUCACGGACAACGCUAGCACUCUGCACGGAGGCGCUCACAGCGAAGCAUAUGGGUUUCGUUACCCAGUGGUA